GCCAACGCUCAAAGUGAGAACUAGAACCCGAUUUUCACACCAACUACCUAAAAUAAUACAAAAUCAACAAACAUGAAAUUCUUCGCUGUUGCUAUUUUACUGGCCGUCGUUGCCAUCUCUGCUGCGCAAGAGGGUGUCGGCAAGUUGACCGAGGAACAGAAACAAAAGGCACAUGCUGUGGGCACUGAUUGCUUGAAGGAAACCGGUGCUUCCGAAGAGGCGAUUCAUGCUCUCAUYAAAGGCGAUGACAGUCAAGUUGAUAGCAAAGUCAAAUGCUUCACCAWGUGCAUGCUAGAGAAAUUGGGCUUUAUAGAGAAUAGUAAGGUCAAUGAGGAAAAGGUACAAAACUUCUUGGGCAAAUUGAUCGGCGAGGAGAAAGCUAAGGCCACUCAAGAUAAGUGCAAUGGCUUAAAGGGUACCGACGAAUGUGACUUYGCCUACCAAAUUCGCCAAUGUUAUUCAUCUGGAUACAGCGGUUUCGCCUUUUAAAUACCCUAGAUUAUUAUUAAAAAAAAAAAUGUACCAAGCUUAAAAAACAUACUAAGAUUAAUACUCUUAACAAACUGUUAUAAGUUGCAAAUAAAAUCUGCACACUUUUCUUGUUUUUUAAAAGUUAAA